AUGGCUUCUGUGAGUGGUUCUGCAGAAAAGGGAUCUGGGAACAGAAACCUGAAUGCAAGUCAGGGUGCUCCUCAGGUGGUUGUGGUUAACCACAUCCUGAGAAAAACCAAAGAAGAUACUUGGAAAUCAGAAGAACUUAGGAAACAUCUUAGGGCAUCACAACCGGAGAAUCAAAAUGAAGACCAAAAGCUGAGAGAAAAUAAACUGCAGAAAGAGAAGUCUGUUCAUGACACAGACACACAUAAACAUGAACACAAAGACAGAGGGAAGAGUAAGGAGAGAACAAGAGAGAGAGAGAGAUUUAAAUCUGGUGAAAGAGACAGGGAUAAAAUGAGAGAGAGAGAAAGGGGAAAAGAGCACCAGAGAGAAGGAGGCCGAGAGAGAUACAAAGAUAAGCUUCAAGAGUCAAGUUUGGAAAAGGAAAGAUACAGUGUACCAAAGGAUAAAGACAGGGAGAGCAAUAGAGAACGAGACAAAAAGCAUAAAAGACAUGAGAUAAAGCAAACAGAUACGCAAAAUAAUCUGAAAUCAUUUGAAGGAAGGGAGAAAGAACAUCACAGAAGGAGAGAAAGCAGGCAUCAUUUGGAGGAGGAGAAAACAAGAAGUGGAGAGCGAGAAAGAAGACAUACAGAAAAGAAGAAUAGUGAUAGCAAGAAGAGCAUUGACAAGAUUUUAGCCUACACAGUUGAAGAAAGUGACCGUGCACACAAGUUACUUAAACAACAAGAGUUGGAUAAAGAGAGAGAAAGAAGACACAGAGAAAAAAAAGAACAUUCUGUUAGGCUGGGAAAAGAGAGGCUUUCAAAAGAGAGAAGUCAUAAAGGUUAUGAAAAGGAAAAGGAAGAAAAUCAUAAAUCAAAGAGAUCUAAAGAGGGUUCUUCCCAUGGAGACAGAGAAGGGCAACUAGCAGAAGCUAUUGAGAGGGCAAAAAGUAGAGAAGACGAAAGAAAGAAGCGUGAUCUAAGGAACAGUGAAUACAAAAACGAGGAGAGGAUUCAAGAGGAAGUGAACCAUCAGCGUGUAAGGACUGUAAAAGAUAAAGAAGAUCUAAUUGAAAAAGAGGAAGGUGACACAAGACGAAAGGUAAAACUGUUUGGGUUUGGGCCUUAUAAUAUGGCGUUUUUCUUGGGAUUAAUAGCAAUUACAGAAAUGAAAGAAUCACACAUAUAUAAUUCAAACACAGGAUUUGAUAACUUUUCAGAAAAUUAUGAAGAUGAUUUUGAAGAUUAUGAAGAUGAUUUUGAUGAUGAUGAAGACAAAAGUGGUGAGGAAAGAGAUGCAGAAGAAAACCUAAGAGAGAUUCCAUCUCUCAGAACAUCAGAAAUUGAAGAAAUUCAAAGAGCGAUUAGUGCAGAAAAUGAUAGAAUUUGUACUUCACUGCCAAAGAAAAUUGAAAACGAGAAAAAGGAACCAAUCAUGGAAAGGCAACACCAUUCUGUCAGAAACUCUUUUCGUGGAAUAUUCAUGGAUUUUCAAAUGGCAAACCAACGACAAAGUAGCCGAAGUAUGGCUAGUAAGCAGAAAAAACGGAGUUCAGAACUUCUCCCACUAAUUGAUCUGGACUUCUCAGUUAGUUUUUCUUUAUUGGAUUUGCCUCCUGUAAAUGAGUACGACAUGUAUAUCAGGAAUUUUGGUAAAAUGAACACUAAGCAGGCAUAUGUUCAGUGUAAUGAAGACAAUCUUGAGAGAGACAUUCAGACUGAGGAAGUUGAGACAUUGGAGAAAUGGACACAGCAUCCAGCAGAAAGUGCCCUUGUAUCUGGAGGUCCCGUAAACAGCCAGGAUGUGUCAGUGAAUGGAGCUCUAGCACCUAAAAUUGAUUCGCAAAGACUGGCAAAUUUCCUCCGGUCUGCUUGCCAGGUGAUUGCUGUUUUGCUAGAGGAGGAUCAAGUUGCAACACAACCCAAAUGGAAACUAAGAUCUCAACAAACCGGUCUGUCUAUUAGUGAUAGCUGUUUCCAGUUAAAUACUAACCAGCCAUUCCUCCAUGACCGGAAAAUAUCCUGCCUGUGUGUGUCUCAAGUUCAGAGGCAGACGCUACUUUCUGUUCAUGGAUUACCUGAAAAGGAAGGUGUUGGUUUACUGAACAGAAAGAGCAUCAUAUGUGUUUGGAACAUCUGGCAGCCCUCCAGCCCUCAGAAAGUUUUAAUAUGUGACUCAGAGGUGAUAUGUUGCUGCUUUAGUCCCAAUAAAACAACCUUAGUUUUUGCUGGAACAACAGAUGGUUCACUGUUGGUAUGGGAUCUUCGAGAGGACUCAAGAAUGCACCCUCAGAUGGUGAUCAGUGACACUGACUGGACAUUCAGAGUUCCGACGUUUUCCACUGAUGGCAUUCUAAACUCAGUAAACCACACCUCUCCUAUACUAGCGGUGGAACCUGUCUCAACCUCUCUCUACGCUGAUCAAAACUAUGGGCUUUCAAGUCUCUCUUAUCAGGAGGAAAUGUCAGGCCCUCCAUUUCAGAUAGCUUCAAUGGAUGAGAAUGGAAUCCUCAAUAUGUGGGUAGUUGCUGAACUACAAAAAGUGGAUUUAGCUGGUUCACAAACUGAUUUAGGUUUAAUUCCUGGAGGAAAGGUGAAGUUAGUACAUAGCUCUACUAUGGAAUUGAGUAACAGCCUUUUCCCAAAGGAUGUACAACAGAGAAUGCCCCAGACACUGAGUAUUAAAUUUCUGUCUUCUAAUCCCAAUCAUUUCAUUGUUGGAACGAACAUUGGGCUGGUAGGUCACGGUACAAGACAUGAUUUAAAAGUUCUUCCAAAGCUAUUCAGACCCCGGGGGGACGGACUAAGAUCAAUAAGCAUCAAUGCAAUUGAUUUCUUCCCUUUUGGAAAGCCACUGUUUUUGGUUGGCUGUUCAGAUGGAAGUAUUCGAUUACACCAAAUGACAUCAGAGCAUCCCCUCAUACAGUGGAAUGACAGCACAAAUGGUCAGCCAAUUAUUGCCUUGCAGUGGGCUUUAACAAGACCCUCCGUGUUUUUUGUCCUGGAUGCAUCUUCUAAUAUUUACAUUUGGGAUCUUCUGGAAAAUGAUUUGCUGCCUGUCGCAAAACAGACAGUUCCAUCAGAGGAUGUUGUAACUAUGGCUCUACUGGGAGAACCGGAAAAAACAAACGGACUGUUAGGCAUUGUGCUGGGCAAAAGUUCUGGACAGGUGGACAUUCAGUACGUAAAGAAGAAGUGGGCAUUACCUCAGCCUGAGGAAUCGGAAAAACUACGUUUGCUUUUAUUGCAGUCUUUUUAGAAACAGUACAUUUGUCUGAGUGUACAAAUUAUUGCAAAAUAUUUAGAUUAUUUUUUACUGUAAUUGAAAGAUUUGUACUGUAAUUUUGUGUAUAACUUGUAUAUAUGUUAAAGAUUACCAGUAGAGUAUUUCAGCUGAGACCAUAUAUUUUAUUGCAAAAAUGGCAGAACCAAAUUUAGCGUUAUUGUGCUCCAAAAGAAGAUGAACUGUAUUUCAUUACUGCGAGUACUACAGAUGUAUAUAUUUUCAAAAAAUACUGAAAAUACGUUCCUAUAAACUAC